GGUGCGUUUAGUUUGAUCAUGGCGGGGCCGCGGCAGGGGGCACCUGCUCUCUGCCCAGACACUACUUGAGAAGCGGCUGUAAAUGAAAACAAGUCGACGCCAAGAAGAGGACAAAAGUGGACCACCGCAGAGACAGUUUACGAACUAGGAUGUCAGCGCACAGUUUAUGUUUUCUCGGUCCUCUCCGUGAUUUGUGAAACUACUGGAUUUGUCGCUCCUGAUCUCCUGUCAUGUCGUUACUGUGCGUCAGAGUUAAAAAAGCCAAGCUCCAGGGACCUCCGGAAAAGUUCAACAGCUACGUGACGCUGAAGGUUCAGAAUGUCAAGAGCACGACCAUCACGGUGCGAGGGGACCAGCCCGGCUGGGAGCAGGACUUCAUGUUUGAGAUCAACCGUCUGGACCUGGGUCUCAUCGUGGAGGUGUGGAACAAGGGUCUGAUCUGGGACACCAUGGUGGGCACCACCUGGAUCCCCCUGGACACCAUCUGCCACUCAGACGAGGAGGGGUCGGGGGAGUGGAUGCCCCUGGAUGCGGAGGUGCUGAUGAAGGCGGACGAGAUCUACGGCACAAAGACCGCCACGCCCCACCAGCUGCUGCUGGACACCCGCUUCGAGCUGCCCUUCGACAUCCCAGAUGAGGAGGCAGAGUACUGGACUGGGAGGCUGAAGGACAUCAACACCAUGCCUAUCCAUGAGGAGUACCCUCUCCAGGAGGACGUGUCUGGUCGACCGCUGCAUCUCGCCGCCUCCCAGUGCUCGCUGGACGAGCACGACAGCGCGCAGGACGACCAUGACAGCGACUACCGCAGCGAGACCAGCAGCAGCGCGCCGCCGCCCCGCUUCCACACCACGGCCCAGCCCAACUCGUCACUGCACCAGUACCCCGUGAGGCCGACCGUGAGGGCGGCCCCGAACCACCACCACCACCAGCACCACCUCAUCCAGCAGCAGCAGCAGCCCCCCCAGCAGCAGCAGCUCCAUCCCGGGGUGAACCCGCGGGAGCCCUGUGCCGACUCGGUGCACAGCUUCGACAUGGAGUACCGGGAGCCAACGGGGAGCAGUCCGGUGGAAAGUAGUCGCUUUGGCUCCUCUGGGAACCUGAGCCAGGUGAGCUCCCAGCUCAGUGAGAUGGGCCAGGAGAGCACGGGAGGAUCAGAGCAGGAGGAGUCCUUCCACUCCUAUCACAGCAACGACCCUCGGCCCACUUCCUCCUCCACCGGAGGACCGCCACCGGUCAAUGAACUUCCCCACCCCACGAACGGCACCUCCCUGAGGGGGGAGGAGGCCUCCGUGAGGAUCGCCGCCAAGGGAGUGGUUCAGGUCCAGAAGAACGACACUCCCGCUGAGAGACGCUUGGCUAGACUUCAACGUUUCCAUGACGACGGGCCGCCAUUACCCUUCACUCCCUCCAGGGUGCGCUGGUUGAAGGCCAUCAAUAAAGUGAGAGUACAACUCCGAGAGGUCAGCCAUGAAGAGUCCACUGCCAGACAGGCUUGGGCCAAACCAGGUGGAGGAACGGGUCUCUACGGUAUUGACAGCAUGCCAGACCUUCGCAAGAAGAAGCCCAUUCCCUUGGUCAGCGACGUGGCCAUGUCCCUGGUCCAGGCUCGGAAGGCGGGGAUCGCGUCCUCCAUGUCGGCCCGGUCCUCCAUCAAGGACGAGGAGUUGAAGACCCAUGUGUACAAGAAGAGCCUGCAGGCCCUCAUCUACCCCAUCUCCUGCACCACGCCGCACAACUUCGAGGUGUGGACGGCCACCACGCCCACCUACUGUUACGACUGCGAGGGCCUGCUGUGGGGCAUCGCGCGCCAGGGCAUGCGCUGCUCCGAGUGCGGGGUCAAGUGCCACGAGAAGUGCCAGGAGUUGCUCAACGCCGACUGCCUCCAGCGCGCGGCUGAGAAGAGCUCGAAGCACGGUGCGGGCGACCGCACCCAGAACAUCAUCAUGGCCAUGAAGGACCGCAUGAAGAUCAGGGAGAGGAACAAGCCCGAGGUGUUCGACGUCAUCAGGGAUGUGUUCGGCGUCAACAAGUCCCUCCACGGCCAGCAGAUGAAGACCAUCAAACAGAGCGUCCUGGACGGCACCUCCAAGUGGUCCGCCAAGAUCACCAUCACUGUUGUUUGUGCCCAGGGUCUCCAGGCCAAGGAUAAGACGGGCUCCAGCGACCCCUACGUCACGGUCCAGGUGGGCAAGACCAAGAAGAGGACCAAGACCAUCUACGGGAACCUCAACCCGGUCUGGGAGGAGAAGAACCACUUCGAGUGCCACAACUCCUCAGACCGGAUCAAAGUGCGUGUGUGGGACGAGGACGAUGACAUCAAGUCCCGUGUGAAGCAGCGUCUGAAGAGGGAGUCUGAUGACUUCCUGGGCCAGAGCAUCAUCGAGGUCCGGACCCUCAGCGGAGAGAUGGACGUCUGGUACAACCUGGAGAAGAGAACGGACAAGUCGGCGGUGUCGGGCGCCAUCCGCCUGCAGAUCAGCGUGGAGAUCAAAGGGGAGGAGAAGGUGGCUCCGUACCACGUCCAGUACACCUGUCUGCACGAGAACCUGUUCCACCACUACACGGACGUGCUGGGCCAGGGGGUGGUCCGCAUCCCCGAGGCCCGCGGGGACGACUCCUGGAGGGUGUACUUUGAGGAGGUGGCCCAGGAGAUCGUGGAUGAGUUUGCCAUGCGCUACGGGAUCGAGUCCAUCUACCAGGCCAUGACGCACUUUGCGUGUCUGUCAUCCAAGUACAUGUGUCCGGGCGUCCCCGCGGUGAUGAGCACCCUGCUGGCCAACAUCAACGCCUUCUACGCCCACACCACCGCCUCCACCAGCGUCACCGCCUCCGACCGCUUUGCCGCCUCCAACUUCGGGAAAGAACGGUUUGUCAAACUCCUGGACCAGCUCCACAACUCUCUGAGAAUAGACCUCUCCACGUACCGGAACCACUUCCCGGCCAGCAGUAAGGACCGCCUCCAGGACCUCAAGUCCACCGUGGACCUCCUCACCAGCAUCACCUUCUUCAGGAUGAAGGUCCAGGAGCUGCAGUCCCCGCCGCGGGCCAGCCAGGUGGUGCGGGACUGUGUGAAGGCCUGCCUGAACUCCACCUAUGACUACAUCUUCAACAACUGCCAGGAGCUGUACAGCCGACAGUACCAGCCGCUGGACACGACCAGGGAGGAUGUUCCUCCAGAGGAGCCGGGCCCCAGCAUCAAGAACCUGGACUUCUGGCCCAAACUCAUCACCCUCAUCGUGUCCAUCAUUGAGGAGGACCGCAACUCCUACACGCCCGUGCUCAACCAGUUCCCCCAGGAGCUCAACGUGGGGAAGGUCUCCGCCGAGGUCAUGUGGACGCUGUUCGCACAGGACAUGAAGUACGGCAUGGAAGACCAUGAGAAGCACCGUCUGUGUAAGAGCGCAGACUACAUGAACCUGCACUUCAAGGUCAAGUGGCUGUACAACGAGUACGUGAAGGAGCUGCCCAGCGCCGUGGCGGCGGACGUGCCCGAGUACCCAUCGUGGUUCCUGCAGUUUGUGUUGCAGUGGCUGGAGGAGAAUGAAGACGUGUCCAUGGAGUUCAUGCACGGAGCGCUGGAGAGAGACAAGAAGGACGGAUUCCAGCAGACGUCGGAGCACGCGCUCUUCUCCUGCUCCGUGGUGGACAUCUUUACGCAGCUCAACCAGAGCUUCGAGAUCAUCAAGAAGCUGGAGUGUCCCGACCCCGGCGUCAUGGCCCAGUACAGCCUGCGCUUCUCCAAGACGAUUGCCAAAGUUCUCCUGCAGUACAGUGCCAUUCUGACCAAGAGCUUCCCCUCAUACAUAGACCAAGAGAAGAUACCCUGCGUCCUCCUGAACAACGUUCAACAGCUGAGGAUCCUGCUGGAGAGGAUGUUUGAGUCCAUGGGCGCCAAACAGAUGGACUCAGAGGCCAGCGCCCUCCUAAACGAACUGCAGGUGAAGCUCAACAAUGUCCUGGAUGAACUCAGCACUACAUUUGGAAACAGUUUCCAGGUGCGCAUCAACGACUGCAUGCGUCAGAUGGCGACCCUGCUGUACCAGAUCAAGGGCCCGGUCAGCAGUAAGAACCAGGCGGAGGCCGACCUGGACAACAUGCUCAGACCCCUCAUGGACUUCCUGGACGGAAAGCUGACCCUGUUUGCCACGGUGUGUGAGAAGACGGUGCUGAAGCGCGUGCUAAAGGAGCUCUGGAGGAUCGUGAUGAGCAGCCUGGAGAAGACCAUCGUCCUUCCCAAGGGCCACGACACCUUCGGAGCACAGAUCCUGUCUGCGGCCAAGGAGCUGGGUACCCUGUCCAAACUGAAGGACCACAUGGCCGGAGAGGCCAAGAGCCUGUCUCCCAAGCAGUGCGCCGUCAUGGACAUGGCCCUGGACACCAUAAAGCAAUACUUCCAUGCGGGCGGUAACGGGCUGAAGAAGGCCUUCCUGGAGAAGAGUGCCGAGCUCUCGUCGCUCCGCCACGCCCUGUCGCUCUACACUCAGUCCACCGACACGCUCAUCAAGACCUUUGUCACAAGCCAACGCGUUCAAGUACACAAUGGAAAGGGUAUUAGGUUAACUCCCAACGAAAAAAUACAGCCGAGCAGGGGGUCCGGCGUGGAAAAGCCCAUCGGGGAGGUCUCGGCCCAGAUCGAGCUCCACACCCACCCGGGCAACGGGGAGCGCAAGAUCACCGUCAAAGUCUUGGGAGCCAAUGAUCUCAAGUGGCAGACUCCUGGGAUGUUCCGGCCCUUUGUGGAGGUGUCUCUCAUAGGUCCUCAUCUCAGCGACAAGAAACGCAAGUUCCAGACCAAGUCCAAGAACAACUGCUGGUCGCCCAAGUUCAACGAGACCUUUAACUUCGCGCUGGGCGGCAAGGAGGGCUGGGAGAGCUACGAGCUGCAGUUGUGCGUGAAGGACUACUGCUUCGGCCGGGCGGACCGCGUGGUGGGCCUGGCGGUGAUGCAGCUCCGGGACCUCGGCGAGAAGACGGGCGGCGCCUGCUGGCUGCCACUGGGCCAGGGCGUGCACAUGGACGACACGGGGCAGACCGCCAUGCGCAUCCUGUCCCAGCGCGCCGGCGACGAGGUCGCCAAGGAGUUUGUGCGCCUCAAGUCGGAGACUCGCUCGGCCGAGGAGGGCCGGUGAGGAGGAAGGGGAAGGGAAAGGAUGGAAGGGAAUGACAAAGGAAAGGAAGUGACAGCCAGAGAGGUAGACUCGACGGAGGAGGACGGAACGGAAAGCGAAUGCUCCCCCUCCACGCCGGUAAAGAUGGCUGACGCAAACCGACUCUGGAGCAGGAGAGGGUCGACUAGGUGUUCGGUUUGCGAAGGAACGAGUGGCCCGUCUCCAAGACGCUUUGGUUUGAAUCAUGGCUAACGCACUCGUAACCUUGGUUUCCUCGACGUCGGUUGGGCCACACCUCCACACGCUCCAUCCCUCUCCUCACUUCUCACAGACACAAAACACCUGAGCCCUCAUCCUAGAGCGACCUCAGCCUUUCCAGUCGUUCACAGACUCUUCCUCACCCUUCUUUGGCUUUGGAUUCGGUUGUGGGCGCCUCCUGUCCUGUUUUUGUUUAAGUGGCAGAAACCGUGACCUGAUCAGAGUGUGUGGGUGUUUGCCACGCCCGAAUCACAAGUUCAGCAAUACCCCCCACCCUCCCCCCACCAUCCCCUCCCCAUACCAACCUCACACCCCCACUGUUUACCUGACCUCAGACCUCGUCACCCUCCAUCACCUCUAACCCAAUCCCUUGAUCGUCUGGUCACCUCCACGCACGCCACCAUCACCUUAAUCUUCCCCUGAUAAAUGCCUCCAUCAGUUUCACCCACACCCAUUCAAUUCCACCGUGAUACCCGGGAUCGUCUCCAUCUCUACAAACCAUUCCCGUCACCUUCACCCCAGGACCGUGACUCUCCCCCCAAUCAUCAUAGCCUCCAUCCCCACUCCCACUCCAAACUCAUGUGUUUGAUGCCUUACAUGCUAGAAACUGUGAAAGAGAAUUAGACACGCUCUUGUGUUUGAAACUCUAUCCACUCUAUUUAGCUCCACCGGUUUAGAGGGAGGUUGAUUUUUGAUUUAUUUUUUCCAAGAUUAACUAAUUGUGAAUACUGCUUCAUAAACAGGGGAAUGCUGAAGGGGGACCGGCCGCUUGUCUCGGUAUAAUUGUAUGGAGAGCAGGCGGCCCUAGUUUCUGUAGCAUUGAGUUCUACAAUCGGUCAAUCACACUGUCUCUAGGCAACCGAAGGGGUGCCACUGAAGAAGACAUAGAUAGUUAUACACCAGCUAUUUGGGUUGGUACGAAAGCAAACUGUUGAAUCAAAGUAAUAAUCAAAGAGUGAUAAUGUGUGCCUUGUUGUGUGAGGUUUCUAUUUCCACUCAGAGAACCGUCAUUCCAGUUUCCCGUUGCCCUGAUGUUAACUAGCAAGGACAAUCACAGUGCUGAUGUCGUAGUUUCCAUGGUGACCACAAACCUUAGCCUCUUAUCCAUGUCGGUAAAACCAAAUCCUAUAGAGACCAAGAAUCUAGACAUUGUUUAUAUGGAUUUAUUAAUAGCCGUACUCUUAACUUCACUCAUUGAUUCUUAUUUAUUUAUUUUAUAUGUGUAUAUUUAUUUUUUCUGCAGUCGUCUAAAUAUGUUUAAUGCCGGAUUUGCCAUGUUUACUUUUCCGAUUGGUGUAUUUAUAUGUUGGCCAAGAUGAACCUGCAGGAUUCUAGAAUUCUGCAACCAGAGUUCUAGAGCUGAGCUGAGUUCUUUGAACAAGCUGAGUUCCGGGUUCCACUGAAGUGUUCUCUCCUCAGACAAGCUUCCCUCCAUUUAGAAAAUCGAAAUCAAAAGUACUCAAACAUUCAGGGAAAUGUUCAGUCACACUUCACACAAAUUCACAUCAAGUACCGUAAUGUCCCUGAAUGACGAAAGUGCUAACAUAUUAAUAAAAUAUCGGCCUCUUUAUAUAUUUUUUGUAAGAUAAGUAACAUUUUAAUGUCACAUUUCUGUUUUGUUUCACCCACAUGUAAAAGUGGUGUGUGGGAGAUUAGUAUGCGUGUAGAAGGCUUGAAAUUGUGGUUUACACAGCAUUCUACUGCUGUCCUCUCCCUCUCAGUGGCCUUAUUUUGGUAAUAGAGAAAAUGUUGGCAUCUUGUUAACCCUUUUUAAUCUAGUAUUCCUUUUCCGUCCCCGAAACUAUGACGAUAACAUCCGCACAUGAUUAUGAAUCAAUCAUUCCCCCAAGUGAUGCUCUUUGCCGUUAUUUCAUACUUGUUUUUUAUUUUUAUCAUUGACUCGAUUCUCUUUUUGAAGUCGGUUGAUUCUUGUCGGGUCUUUUUCUUUCGGUUUCAUUUUCUGAAUGUUUUGAUCCCUCGACCCUCGUGAGGACCUCACGACGUCCUCCACUGUGUUUGGAAGUGUGCAAGUGGUUGGUGUUGUGGACAGCUGAUGAUAUACUGUGAUACAAAUGCUGGUGAACUCUUAUCAAUCAAAAAAAUUGACAACCACUGAAACUUGACACUGCUGUAACAAAAAACAACUGUUUCCGCACAUUUGAGAAUUUGUUUUUGCACCAAAUGACAACUGCCAAAACACUACACAUGACUUUUGUUUGUUACGUUACACUUAUGGUUUAUGAAUGUUUGGAGCGGUUGUGUUUCUGGUAUAAAGCCACUCUUACAUGUCCCUUGUGCCAAGUUGUACCAAGUUGUCGAUUUACAGCCGAUUUGUUGUUCUUACCUCUUUAGCCCCUCACACUUCCAGUACGUUACUUCAGUAGUUUAUCUGUCAAAGUAUCUUCUUAUUGUUAGCUUUCUUCUUGUUAUUAUUGUGACUUUGUUUUUCAUCACUGGUAUGAGGAUGGUGGUGUUCAUUAAAAAGUUAACAUUCCAAUUAUUGAAUUUUGUAUAAAGUGUCGAGGAAGCAUU